CAAACACAUCUGGACUCCAUCUUUAUGAUGCUGGAGGACAACAUGGUGGCUUUCAUGAAGAAGGAGCUGAAGAAGAUGAAGAAGCUCCUGAGUCCAGAUUACCCAGCAUGCUCAGAGAGUGAGAGAGAAGAUGAGGAUGAAGAGCAGAGGAGCAGCAGAGAGUCAUUAGUGAGGAUGACUCUGGACUUCCUGAGGAGGAUGAAGCAGGAGGAGCUGGCUGAGCGUCUGAGGAGCAGAACUUCUGCUGCAGUCUGCCAACAGAAGCUGAAACGUGGCCUGAAGAAGAGGUUCCAGUGUGUGUUUGAAGGAGUCUCUAAAGCAGGAGAGUCCACCUUCCUGAACCAGAUCUACACAGAGCUCCACAUCACAGAGGGAGGGGCUGCAGAGGUCAACCAGGAACAUGAGGUCAGACAGAUUGAAGCAGCAUCCAGGACAGCAGACAGAGCGGAAACAAGCAUCAGACCAGGAGACAUCUUUAAAGCCUCACCUGGAAGAUCUCAGCCAAUCAGAGCAGUGCUGACAAAGGGAGUGGCUGGCAUUGGGAAAACAGUCCUGACUCAGAAGUUCACUCUGGACUGGGCUGAAGACGAAGACAACCAGGACGUCCACUUCACAUUUCCAUUCACCUUCAGAGAGCUGAAUGUGCUGAAGGAGAAGAAGUUCAGUUUGGUGGGACUUGUUCAUCACUUCUUCAAGGAAACCAAAGAAGCAGGAAUCUGCAGCUUUGAAGACUUCCAGGUGGUCUUCAUCUUGGACGGUCUGGAUGAGUGUCGACUCCCUCUGGACUUCCAGCACACUGAGUUCCUGACUGAAGUGACAGAGUCCACCUCAGUGGAUGUUCUGCUGACAAACCUCAUCAGGGGAAAACUGCUUCCCUCUGCUCGCCUCUGGAUCACCACACGACCUGCAGCAGCCAAUAAGAUCCCUGCUGACUGUGUGGACAGGGUGACAGAGGUCCGAGGGUUCACCGACCCCCAGAAGGAGGAGUACUUCAGGAGGAGGUUCAGAGAGGAGGAGCAGGCCAGCAGGAUCAUCUCCCACAUCAAGACCUCCCGAAGCCUCCACAUCAUGUGCCACAUCCCGGUCUUCUGCUGGAUCACUGCUACAGUUCUGGAGAAGGUGUUGAAGAGCAGAGAGGGAGGAGAGCUGCCCAAGACCCUGACCCAGAUGUACAUCCACCACCUGGUGGUCCAGGCCAAAGUCAAGACGGUCAAGUAUGAUGGAGGAGCUGCCACAGAUCCACACUGGAGUCCAGAGAGCAGGGAGAUGAUGGAGGCUCUGGGAAAACUGGCUUUUGAGGAGCUGCAGAAAGGAAACCUGAUCUUCUAUGAACCCGACCUGACAGAGUGUGGCAUCGAUCUCAGAGCAGCCUCAGUGUACUCAGGAAUGUUCACACAGAUCUUUAGAGAGGAGAGCGGCCUGUACCAGGACAAGGUGUUCUGCUUCAUCCAUCUGAGCCUUCAGGAGUUUCUGGCUGCUCUUCAUGUCCAUCAGACCUUCAUCAAGUCUGGAAUCAACCUUCUGGAAGAACAACAGCAAACCUCCAAUUGGUCUAAAGUGUUAAAGCAGAAACCUAAUCUCCACCUUCUCCAUCAGAGAGCAGUGGACGAGGCCUUGAAGAGUCCAAAUGGACACCUGGACUUGUUCCUCCGUUUCCUCCUGGGUCUUUCACUGCCGACCAAUCAGAGUCUCCUUCGAGGUCUGCUGAAACAGAGAGGAAGUAGCUCACAGUCCAAUCAGGAAACAGUGCAGUACAUCAAGAAGAAGCUGAGUGAGAGUCUGUCUGCAGAGAGAAGCAUCAAUCUGUUCCACUGUCUGAAUGAACUGAAUGAUGGUUCUCUGGUGGAGGAGAUCCAACAGUCCCUGAGAUCAGGAAGUCUCUCCACAGACAAACUGUCUCCUGCUGAGUGGUCAGCUCUGGUCUUCAUCUUACUGUCAUCAGAAGAAGAUCUGAAGGAGUUUGACCUGAAGAAAUACUCUGGUUCAGAGGAGGCUCUUCUGAAGCUGCUGCCAGUGGUCAAAGCCUCCAACAAAGCUCUGUUGAGCAGCUGUGGUCUGUCAGAGAGAAGCUGUGGAGCUCUGUCCUCAGUUCUCAGCUCUCAGUCCUCCAGUCUGACACAUCUGGACCUGAGUAACAACCAUCCAGGAGACUCAGGGGUGGAACUUCUGUCAGCAGCGGUGAAGGAUCCACGCUGCUCACUGGAGACUCUCAGGUUGAGCAGCUGUGGUCUGUCAGAGAGAAGCUGUGGAGCUCUGUCCUCAGUUCUCAGCUCUCAGUCCUCCAGUCUGACACAUCUGGACCUGAGUAACAACGAGCUGCAGGACUCUGGAGUGAAGCUACUGUCUCUUGGACUGGAGAGUCCUCAGUGUAAACUGGAAGCUCUCAGUCUGUCAGGGUGUCUGGUCUCAGAGGAAGGCUGUGCUUCUCUGGUCUCAGCUGUGAGAUCCAAGUCCUCCCAUCUGAGAGAGCUGGACCUGAGCUACAACCAUCCAGGAGACUCAGGAGUGAAGGAGCUGUCAGCGGCAAUGAAGGAUCCACAUUGCUCACUGGAGACUCUCAGUCUGUCAGGGUGUCUGGUCUCAGAGGAAGGCUGUGCUUCUCUGGUCUCAGCUGUGAGAUCCAAGUCCUCCCAUCUGAGAGAGCUGGACCUGAGCUACAACCAUCCAGGAGACUCAGGAGUGAAGGAGCUGUCAGCGGCAGUGGAGGAUCCACACUGCUCACUGGAGACUCUCAGGAUGGACCAUGGUGGACAGCAGAGGCUCAAACCUGGUCUGAGGAAGUAUUUCUCUCAACUUCAUCUGGAUGAAAACUCAAUGAGCAGAAAGCUCAAACUGUCCAACAACAACAGGAAUGUGAAAUAUGUGGAGGGAGAGCAGCCGUAUCCUGAUCAUCCUCACAGAUUUCAUUUCUGGCCUCAGCUGCUGUGUAGAAAUGAUCUGAGUGGUCGAUGUUACUGGGAGGUCGAGUGGAGCGGAGGUGUUGAAAUAUCAGUGAGUUACAGAGGAAUCAGAAGGAAAGGAGGCAGUGAGGAGUGUAGGUUUGGAGGGAAUGAUCAGUCCUGGAGUCUGUGGAGUGGCUGA